AUGUUAUCAAAAAAUGAUAGCUUUUGAACUUAGAUUAAGUAAUAUUAUAAAUCGAGAACCAGUAUUUCUGUACCAUUUUAGAGCUAAAACUAAAAUGUCGUCAUUAGAAAAAGGUAAAAUUAUCUCUGGCACUCAAAUAUCGAGAGAUAUUAUCCAACAACUGAAAGAUGUAGUCAUUAAGAUGAAAAAUAGUUUACCAAAUUUCCAACCAGGUUUAGCGAUUGUUCAAGUUGGAGAUAGGGAAGACUCUAACGUCUACAUUCGUAUGAAAAUAGAGACAGCCGCUAAAAUUGGUAUAAAAGCUCGACAUAUUAAAUUACCAAGAACCAUAACUGAAUUGGAAGUACUUCAUAGAGUAGAAGAAUUAAAUAAUGAUCCAAGCAUUCAUGGUAUCAUUGUACAAAUGCCAUUAGAAUCCGACAAUAAAAUAAACUCUAAUUUAGUAACCGAUGCGGUGUCGCCACAAAAGGACGUUGAUGGAUUGAAUACGGUUAAUGAAGGUAAAGUGGCUAUUGGAGAACUAUCAUCGUUUCUCCCGUGUACUCCGAAUGGUGUAAUUGAGCUUAUCAAAAGAACCGGAGUUAACAUAGCAGGAGCUACCGCUGUGGUAUUGGGAAGAAGUAAAAUACUCGGUACUCCAAUCGCUGAACUACUUAAAUGGAAUCACGCUACAGUCACAGUGUGCCAUUCCAAAACUAAGGAUUUAAAAGGAGUGUGCCAGAAAGCCGACAUAUUAGUUGUUGGUAUAGGACAACCUGAAUUAGUAAAAGGUAGUUGGAUCAAACCAGGAGCUGUUGUUAUUGACUGUGGUAUUACUGCUAUUCCAGAUCCUACCAAGAAGAGUGGUCAUCGGCUAGUUGGUGAUGUAGCUUACGAAGAGGCUAAAGAAGUAGCAUCCCACAUAACCCCCGUACCAGGUGGUGUUGGACCUAUGACAGUCGCAAUGUUGAUGAAAAAUACAGUAGACAGUGCCCAAAAAGCAGCACAGAAAUUAAUAAACAGGUCUUGGAAUUUAACACCUCUUCCCCUAAAGUUGUUGACGCCAGUACCAAGUGAUAUUGAAAUAUCUAGAGCUCAAACACCGAAAGACAUUACAGUAUUGGCAGAAGAAAUUGGUAUUUACCAAUCGGAAAUUUCGCAAUACGGAAGUAAAAAGGCUAAAAUAUCUUUAACUGUAUUGGAUAGGCUCAAAGAUCAAAAGAAUGGAAAAUAUGUUGUUGUUGCAGGAAUGACACCAACUCCGUUGGGAGAAGGUAAAAGUACGACCCUAUUGGGACUGGUACAAGCUUUAUCGACUCAUUUGAAAAAGAAUACUUUUGCUACCAUGAGACAACCAUCACAGGGUCCAACUUUUGGAAUAAAAGGUGGUGCAGCAGGUGGUGGAUAUUCCCAAGUUAUACCAAUGGAGGACGUGAAUCUUCAUUUGACAGGAGACAUCCAUGCAAUUACUGCUGCUAAUAAUUUACUAGCAGCCCAAUUAGAUGCCAGAAUUUUCCAUGAAGCCACUCAAAAAGAUCAAGCUUUGUACGACCGUCUUGUUCCAAAGAUAAAAGGCACCAGGAAAUUCUCCAAUAUUCAAUUGAGACGUCUGCAAAGAUUAGGAAUCAACAAAACUGAUCCAGAUAGUCUUACGUCAGAAGAAAAAACAAAAUUUGCUCGGUUGAAUAUCGAUUCUAACAAUAUUGUGUGGAAUAGAGUUUUGGAUAUUAAUGACCGUUACCUUCGACAAAUUACCAUUGGAGAAUCUCCCACUGAAAAAGGUUUAACACGAAAAGAAGGUUUCCAAAUAAGUGUGGCUAGUGAAAUUAUGGCUAUCUUAGCUUUAGCCACAGAUUUAGGUGACUUUAAGCAGCGAUUAGCGAAUAUGGUAGUAGCUUUCGAUAAAAACAACAAACCUGUUACCGCUGAUGAUUUAGGGGUUACCGGUGCUUUGAUGGUGUUGCUUAAAGAUACUAUUGAACCUACUCUACUUCAAAGUUUAGAAGGUUCUCCAGUUUUCAUGCAUGCUGGACCUUUUGCCAAUAUCGCUCAUGGAUCCAAUUCUAUAAUAGCCGACAAAAUUGGUUUGAAAUUAGUUGGAGAAGAUGGUAUACUUGUAACUGAAGCUGGAUUUUCAUCAGAUAUUGGUAUGGAAAAAUUUUUUGAUAUCAAAUGUAGAGCGUCUGGUGAUGUUCCAAAUGCUGUGGUACUAGUAACCACUAUUAGAGCUUUGAAAAUGCAUGGUGGUGGUCCAUUAGUUACCCCAGGUACGCCAUUGGCAUCUGAAUAUACCGAAGAAAACUUGGAAUUGUUACGCAAAGGAAUUCCUAAUGUGCUUAAACAUAUUAGCAACGCUAUUAAAUUUGGUCUACCGGUAGUUGUGGCAAUAAAUCAUCGUCAAACUGACACAGAUGCUGAAGUUGAAUUAUUGAGAACAGCUUGCAAACAAUCUGGUGCAUUUGAUGCCGUGGUUUCCAAACACUGGGCACUCGGUGGUAAAGGAGCCAUCGAUUUAGCCAAGGCUGUUAUCGAUGCUACUUCACAAUCGAGUAAUUUCAAAUUUUUAUACGAACUUAAUCGGCCAAUUAAAGAAAAAAUAGAAAUAAUUAGUCGUGAAAUGUACGGUGCUGGUGGAGUUUCUUAUACAGAAAUUGCGGAGAAGAAAAUUAAACAAUACGAAGAGCAGGGUUAUGGAAAUCUUCCGAUAUGUAUGGCAAAGACACCUUUAUCCUUGACGGCAGAUCCAUCAAUUAAAGGUGCACCAACAGGAUUCAUCAUUCCAAUAAGAGAUAUGUCCAUAUCAGUAGGAGCAGAGUUUGUAAUUCCAUUGACAGGAGAAAUAACAAAAAUGCCUGGAUUACCAACACGACCUGCUAUAUACGACAUUGACUUGAACAUUGAAACGGGAGAAAUUGAGGGUCUCUUCUAAGUUCUAUCAAAAAUACAUUUGGAAAUACCAAGGCACAUCCAUAUACUAAAUGUUUCAAGUCUUGAAGAAAUAAAUAAAAUUGUUUUCAUUUACUUA